AUGAAAUACCGAUUGGCCAAUGGCGAUCUUCAUCAAGUACAACCCGAUUCAUCCGCGAAAUUGUCUCGGCUUGACAGCACCGGAGCUUCUUCUACCGGCAAGUCUAGCCCGAUCGCUUCUGUAGCAUCCACUGAGACUGAUGCCUUCUUUCCUGGACUCCCUAGGGCCCUUAGGCCAACGGCAACCGCUAGCCGACGGCUUCGACGUCUGUCCGUUUUCCAGCAACUUAGACUCAGGCCCAAUGAAGCGGAUGAUGUUUCAACCGACCGAAUGCAACUGGACAGCCAUGACUUCGCGGAGGCCGCUGCUGGCUCUACUGUUUUUCUCGGUUCAUUGGCGAAUCUUACAGCCAUGGGAGAUAAGACUAGAGCUCAAGCGCUCAAAUCAUGGGCAGCAAGUGGCUAUAGAUCCAUCUUCAAUAGACGAAGGCCUGCUACUGGAGCGUAA